AUGACAGCAGUGACCAUCAUGGAUAGACACACUGAAAGAAUUAUUAGUCUCAGGAAAAAAAAAAGACGACGAAGAGGAGGAAUCACCGAAGGUCGAAACAUGGGCGCGGCCAUGUGCGCAUUUUGCGCUGCUCCAAUUGUGCCAGAGCUGUGCCCAAGGACAAAGGUAUCAGGAAGUUUGUUAUCCAAAGCAUUGUUGAGGCCUCUGUUUAUGAUGGCUAUGUUAUGCCUAAGAUAUUUAUACACUCUUCGUAGCUGUGUGUCUUGUGCCAUCCAUUCGAAGUUGCUUCUCAGCAACGUGGCGCAACCGUGA